AUGGAAGAUAAAAUCAAAAUGUUAAGCAGUACUAGUAGAGCAGCCAAAAAACGUAAACAAAAAAAAAUUGAAGAAUCUAAAGCAAAACUUCCUAAAAUUACUAGCUUCUUAAAAGGUGCUAAUAAGGAAAUUGUUGAGAAAAUUGAACCAGAUAUUUCAAAUAAUUUAAGGGACUAUGUUACAAAUUUAGAUGACCAUCCUAUAGAAAAAAGCUUUGAAGUAGAUUUACCAAAACCACAAACACUCAUUUUAGAGAAUACAGAUAUAGGUAGUUUUCAAGGAAAAAUUUUAACAGACCAUUUGAAAACCAUGAUAAUAUUUUCUCCAUCAUGUAGACCAACUGGUCCGUUUCCUCGGGAUCCACUUCAAAAUAAUAGAAAAUUUUCUAAAAUUUAUUACCAAAGACAAACUAAGCAGGGUUUUGUUGAACGAGCUUGGUUAUGUUAUUCAUUAAAAUUGGACGCAGUUUACUGUGAACCAUGUUGGCUUUUUUCAAAUAUAAGUCAAGAUCAGUGGCAUAACCAUGGUAUAAGAGACUGGAAACAUUUAUCACAAAAAAUUUCACAACACGAAAAUUCAAAGUCACACUUAACAUCUUGUUUUGUAUACGACCAAUGGAAACAAAACAGAUCUUUGAAUACUAAAAUUGAAGAACAAUAUAGAUAUAAUGUAAGUUUUUGGGCUCAAGUUCUAGAAAGACUAUUUAGUAUAACUCUAGCUUUAUCUAAAAAUUCUUUAGCAUUUCGAGGACAUCGUGAAUCAAUAACUGACACAUAUAAUGGAAAUUUUUUAACUCAAGUUAAACUUUUAGCAAAGUAUGAUGAUGUAUUAAAACACAUAAUUAGCAUGCCUAAAGGAAGUAUCAAGUAUUUAAGCCCUCAAAUACAGAAUGAGAUAAUACACUGUUUGGCAAAUGAACUUCGGAGAGUAUUGAUUUCAAAAAUUAAAACUGCGCCAUUUUACUCCAUUAUUAUAGACACUACUCAAGAUAUUUCAAAAAAAGACCAACUAAGUGAAGUUUAUAGGUAUGUAAACAUUAUAAAAAAUGAAAAAUCAGAACCUGUAUCUAUUGAAAUUGAAGAAGUAUUCCUUGGAUUUUCGGAAGUGUGCGAUCAUUCCGCUGUUGGUUUAUCAACAAAAAUUAAACAGCUAUUACAUAAUAAUAAUAUGGAUCUAUUACAGUGUCGUGGACAAGGGUAUGAUGGGGCAAGAGUAAUGAGUGGUGCAUAUGGUGGAGUUCAAGCCCUUAUCAGACAAGUACAGCCUAAUGCACUGUACGUUCAUUGUGCAUCACACAAUUUAAAUUUGGCAAUUAAUGACGCGGUAAAAUGCUCAAUUGAAGUUGAAUCGUUUUUUACUACUUUAGAAGAUAUUUACACAUUUUUUGGAAGUAGCAAACAGAUGGGAUGGAUUUACUAUCAAAAUUUACUGGGGAAUCUACCAUCACUCUGA